GUUCUCUGCCCCUGCCUCUGGAAAUCUUUUGGAAUGCCCCCGAUGGAGCGGAUUACCAAAUCCCCAUGGCCGUCCCCCGUCUCGUCGGGGUCCCCAAGCGAUCUCUCCGAGACGCAGGAGACCUUCAUGUUUAUCGAUUACCAGGAUGAGUCGUCCCAAGCUCACGCCGUGGCCAAACGAAAGCAAGCCUUCCUCAAGAGACAACACUACCGGUCCAAGAAGGAAAAGCGGCUGCAGAAGCUGAAGGCCUCCAUCCCGUCCUUGCCGACCUACCCUUCCAUCUGGUCGUGGGAUCGAGCCAUGCAGGCCGGAGGACUGGACCUCUUCUCCUCCUUCGCCGACUCUAUGACGGAAAGCAUGUGUUAUUAUUUCCACUACUACAGGACCCAGUGCUCCAGGUCAAUCUACCCAUUUGGUGCCACGGGCAUGGGCGCAUGGUGGUUGCAACAGGCCAUUGGGCAGCCGGCCCUCUUGCACAUCAUUCUGUCGACCAGUGCCAUCCACCGAGCCGGUCGAGGAUCCCUGCCCCAGUCCAGUCCCACCGUGCAAAAGGCGCAGCGAGAUUCUCUGAAGUUUCGGGCAAUAACCCUCAAGCAACUCCAGAUUAUGGUGCAAAGCCCAACCGAGGCCUUGCUCGAGUCAACACUGUUCAUUAUCACGCACUUAAUUUGUGUAGAGGCCGCAGACGCUAAUCUGGAAGCCGCGGACUGCCACCUGAGCGCCUUGAUCAGGAUGGUUCACCUAAUGGGUGGUCUCGAUGCGUUGAACCCGAUGACGGUCUCGAUGAUCUACUGUGCCGAUUUCAUGAGCGCGGCCCUCAAAAUAUCGACACCAGUGUUCCCCAUGUCUGUGAGGUGGAAAAGCGAAGUCCUUGGGAGCUCGGAUAUCUUCCCUUCGAUGAACGAUGCCGCAGAUCUGACUAUGGUUGGAGGUCGCUUCUUUGACUCCCCGUGGUCAGAGGCCCUUCACCCAACGCUACGAACCAUCGUCCGGCUGUUCCGACGAAUUACCCAUUGUCUGUCCACCAUGGGAGCCACCGAGAUCCCCGUUCUCAACGAGUGGUUGGCUUAUGCAAUCCAUCAAUUAUUGUCGAUCGCCCAUGAUUGUAUGGCAUCGGACCUGCAUGAAUGCUUAAGACUGUCAGUUUUGGUAUAUUCCAUGGUCGAGAUCAAGACAUUUGGGGGCUUGCCAUACAUGAGUUCUGUUGUGAUGGCUCUCCGCAGCCGCUUAAGAACUGGACUGCCCCAGAUCCAACGCAUAGCACCCGAUUUAUCCUUCUGGAUGCUCUUCGUUGGUGGCAUAGCAUCCAAAGGGCGCGCGAGUCGCGCGUGGUUUGUGGCCCAUCUCGCGGAGGUCGCAGAGCAAUUGUCGCUCAUGGAAUGGGACACCGUGCUGCCUGUGUUGGAAGGGUUCUUGUUCAUUUAUCAGCCCGCUUGCCCCCAACCGGAAGCCCUAUGGAACGAAGUAAAAAGGCAACAAGCGUUGGAACAUGAUGCAUAGAACUGACAUAUACACUUGUCACAAUUAGGCUGCUGGCAAUUGCAAUCGAAUUCAAACAGGCGGUCAAGACGGACGACAAUAAUACAGAAGAUCUGGGUUGUUAUUCCAAUUCUAGAAGGCGCAGUUGUGAGUCCUAAAUCCCCAUGUUCAGUCAAGCGUUUUCGAGCCGAUUCAUUGUGCAUUCAUUCGCCAGCUCGCCUGACUUGGUUUACUUGGUAUUACUCCGCGCUAACGCUUUUUGUCAAUAGUUUCAUAUAAGCCUUCAGAACCACCAAUUAGAAGCCGGGACGGAGGCCACUCGGCUCCCAUUUC